GCGCCAUCGCCCGUUAUCUUUUAAAGGCCUUGGCACCCCCAUGCUUGGCAUUAAUGAUCCUAGGGGCAGCAGUUAGACAGUGGUCCUACCAUCAUGGCACCUCUCAAUAUCUUGAUCGUGGGCUGCAGUAUAGCCGGACCGACACUAGCCACGUUCUUGCUGAUGUCGCCGGUACCUACGUCCGAGAAGCCGCGCAUCACUAUCCUGGAAAGAGCUCCCGUCUUUCGCCCUCAAGGCCAAAAUAUCGACGUUCGAGGCGCUGGUGUAACUAUCAUUCGCAAGCUCGGACUUGAACCUGCCAUUCGGGCGGCUACCACUGGCGAAGAAGGGGUGCAGUUGGUCGACAAGGAGAACCGAGUUUGGGCAGCUUUCGGGGCGGACAAGAGCGGGAAGACGCAAACGCCGACUAGUGAUAUCGAAAUCUUGAGAGGACGAUUGUCACAGUUGCUGCUCGAGCAGAGCCAGAAAGUCAACGAGGAUGUUCAGGCUGACGGCGGCAUUGGCAUCGAGUACAUCUUUGGUGAUUCUCUUGAUGACCUAGAGCAGGAUGGAGACAAGGUCCACGUCCACUUCGCCAAGAGCGGUGAGAGGCGAACCUUUGACUUGGUAGUCGGAGCAGAUGGUGUCCAAAGUCGAACGCGCAUUCUUGCUUGGGGCGAGAAGGGCGAGGAAGACAGGAGGAGAAGGCUAGGGAUGUACGGAGGCUUCUUCAGCAUGCCCCGUGGUCCGACUGAUUCGGCAUGGCGUCGUUGGUUCCAUGCACCUGGUCGCCGAGGCAUAAUGAUUCGACCGUCUGGCGUGGAAGACAGAACAACGGUCUUUAUGGCCGUUGUCAACGAGAAAGAUGAACGGCUAAGGGCUGCUGCCGAGCAAAAAGGUGGAAGUACGGAUGCUCAAAAGGCCCUUCUGCAAGAGUAUUUCCAGGGUCUCGGAUGGGAAACUGAUCGCGUCAUCAAGGAGAUGAUUGCCACGGAUGAUUUCUACUACGACACUGUCUGUCAGAUCAAGAUGGACAGAUGGAGCAAAGGAAGGGUUGUACUUCUGGGUGACGCUGGUUAUUGUGCUUCUCCUCUAUCCGGAAUGGGAACAACUUUGGCGAUGAGCGGCGCUUACAAUCUGGCGGGCGCGAUUCUACAGCAUCCGAAUAACCUGGAGGCUGCCUUUAGCGACUACGAAGAGAAGAUGCGCCCUACUGUUGUUCGCGCACAAAAAUUGGCACCCGGUAUGCCUCACUCGCUCCAUCCUGAGACGGUCUGGGGAGUUUGGCUGUUGAACGCGAUCAUGUUUGUUCUCUACUCUUCAGGGCUGUUUUCCUUUGUCGCAAGAUUCGCUGGUUCACCGGCGAAUAAUGUCCCGGUUGAGGCAUAUGGGUUCAAGUCACUGCCGAUUUACAAAGACUGUUAGAGAUAUCGGGAGAUCGACACAAGAGUAUGAUAGAUUCACCGCUCAUUCCUUAGAACAAGCUCUGCUACUCCAAGAGACCAAUUGUAACACAAAUACCACCGAAUUUGACUUGUUAUCAAUCAGUCCGAGUAAGAGUGCUUUUCUUGGGGAGUCUUUGCUUGGAAAAGAGGCUUGUCUAAGGUGUUUUCUUUUCUUUACCGUUUUUGCAUGUGUAUUUCCUCAACUCCGCCAAUGAGUCAAUCAUCUUCUAACACUGGGCAUAAUACGCCGGGCGCCAGGCUUUUACCAAUGACCACGACGCUGCGGAGUAGAC